AUGCAGCAACAUACGCUUCUCGUUGUGGGAGGUGCCGGCUUCCUUGGGAGUGCCAUCUCCAAAGCUGCACUUGCCAAAGGUUGGCGGGUGCUCUCCAUCUCGCCGUCCGGAACACCGUACCACACCCCGGCAGGUCAUCGUCCGGCAUGGUCUUCGAACCCCAACAUCGAAUGGCACGCCGCUGAUGCACUGAAUCCAUCUUCGUACGCGCAUCUGGCCGAUCGUGCAACUGCUGCCGUGCAUACCGUCGGCAUCCUGCUCGAGUCUGAUUACAAGUCGAAAUCUUCUCAAGCUUCCCCUCUGCGCAACGCCAUUGCAGGUGUUGCAAAGGGGUGGGGAUUCAAUCUCGGUCGCUCGAAUGAAGACUCGAACCCACUUCACGACGCCAAGUAUCAAGGUGGUCAGUCAGCUCCGUCGUCUUCGCGUGACGCCUCAAAGUUCAGCUACGAACAAAUGAACAGAGACAGCGCGAUUGCCGUUGCUCACACGUUCCUCUCUUCGCUGCGUCACCGCUCUUUGCAAUCAGCUGAUGCCUCAUCUAGUUCGUCCCCGGUAUCGGAGCCGGCACCUUUCAUCUACAUCUCAGCGGAAGACCUCUUCCGACCGGUCGUGGAUGCAAGGUACAUUCGCACAAAGCGUCAAGCAGAAUCGGCCAUUGCACGCCUUGCUGCACAACAUCAUGCUCCUCAGCCGCGCAGCUCUUCUACUGAGGGCACACACACAGUUCUAGAUGCAGAUGGGGCAGGCUUGGAGGGAGAGCUUCGAGACGAGGCGGCUGCGGUGGAUUCGGUCUCCGCACAAGGUUCUGAGCAGACGCAGGCAGACGCGGGCUCGACGCAGGGUCUGGUGCGGCCCGUCUUCUUGCGACCAGGACUCAUGUACCACCCGCACACACGACCCGCUUCCACCCUACCUGCUGCGAUCUUGGAAGCAUCAGCAGCGCUUCAUCGCUCGCCACCGUUGCCGCUGCCCAUUCCAACGCCCGCGCAGCUCAUCGCACGUCUCGGUGCCGGCAGCAGUCCCUCUCAGUCCGUGGCCCGCUUGCUCACGACACCACCGCUGCACGUUGAUACAGUUGCCAAAGCGGUGUGUGCCGCUAUCGAGGAACCGAGCGUGUUUGGAGCGGUGGAUGUGUAUGGCAUCCGCAAGCUGGCGGGGUGGAAGGACGACGCAUCCCUGCAUGGGAGUGUUUAUGGUCAGAGUGUAGCGGGUGCCACGAGCGGCUCAGGUGGUGCGGGACGAUCGUGGCCGUCUCAGCAGCAACAGCCUCUGCAGGCUGCGUCGAGACCGACAGCUCCACACGGUGUGCGCCAUACUGCUGCGGCUACGCCUGCUGGUCAGCACCGGGCUCACUCUACCGGACCUCGGCUGCCGACGACGCCGCCGACUCGAAUGGAGCGACGAACGUUUUUCAGUCUUCCGGACUUGGGCAAGCUCGCAUCGAGCGCGCUGUCGUCCGCCGCACCUGGCGCUAGCGACAAAGGCAGUCGGUCGUACCGCGAUGCACAGGGUAGGACGGUGUACGAGACGUCAAAAGUGCUGGCGCACCCGGCACAUACGCUGUUCGCUGUGGUCGCCGACGUGAAUGCGUACAAGCAGUUUGUGCCGUACUGUCAGGACUCGCGCGUGCUCGGGCCUGUGCCGCGCUCUCAGUCUGAUCAGCUGCCGCCUGCAGUACUCGCCGAUCUGACGGUCGGAUUCGGUAGGUUCUCCGAGACGUACACAUCCAAGGUGACUAUGUACUCGCCUUCGAGCAGUGGUGACUGCAGCAGCAGCGUGGUGGCUGAAGCCGUGCAGCCCAACCCCGUGUUCUCGUUCCUCUCGACAAAGUGGACUUUCCAUCCGAUCGAGGGGGGUCAGACAAGGGUCGAGUUCAGCCUGGUCUAUGCGUUUAGGAACCCCGUGUAUGGCGCUGUGGCGGGGAACGUAUUUGAGCAAAUGAGCGCUCAGAUGAUCGGCGCGUUCGAAGAGCGUGCGAACAAGCUGCAUCCUUUGCAGCGUCGAGAUUGA